AUGGCGCGAGAGGCGUCGUGGAGCGACGGGCCCGACGGCGCUCGGAGAAGAACCCCCCCGGACGCGCCGCACGGGCCGGUCGUCGCGCUGUACGACAAGUGCGUCGCGACGCUCCCGUCCGUCCCGGGGGUGCGGCCCGUGCACGACGACCACGUGCGCGCGAUCAUGCCGUACCUCGAGGCUGUCACCGCGCGCGACCUCGCGCUCGAGGUGCCCGACGAGGCGAAGACGCCGCCGUCGACGUCGACAUCGCGAUUGGACCGCGCGGGCUUGCGCGGCGGCGGCGGCGGCGGCGGCGGCGGCGACGGCGACUUCUUCCGCCGGGGAGAGAGAGAGAGAGUCGGCGAGAGAGAGAGAGAGAGGUCGUCGCCGUCGUCGUCCCCCGAGCCCGGCGCUCGACGCGGGCUGGAGUACCUCCACCUCCACGAGGACCUCGCGUUCACGCUCGGCGUCUUCAAAUUCCUCGCCGCCGGCGACGCGAUACCGACGCACGACCACCCGGGGAUGACGGUCAUGUCCAAAAUUCUCUACGGCGCCGUUCACGUGAAAUCGUACGACUGGGUCGUCGCCCCGGAGGACGAAGGGAAGCCGCCGCCGCCGGUCCCGGUCGGGACGCCGAGGCUCGCGAGGGUGGUGCGCGACGGUGUCGUCGCCGCGGGGACGACGCCGCUCGCGCUGUUCCCGACCCGCGGAGGGAACGUCCACGGGUUCACCGCGAUCACGCCGACGGCGAUGUUGGACGUCCAGGCGCCGCCGUACGCGCUCGGCGCGGGGAGAGACUGCCAUUACUUCCACGAGGUGAGCGAAGGGCCGGGAGGGGAGCCCGCGGGCGCCGGCUACGCGUGGCUCGCGGCGGCGCCGUCGCAGCCGGAGAGUUUCCGCAUCGAUCACGGGACGUACCGAGGGCCGAAGUUCGGGAGCAACGCGACGGAGGGGGGGUACUACACGUACGAGGGGGGUCACAUGAUGCACUGA